AUGUCUCGAAGACUAUGGCAUGAAUGUUCUACAUGUACUACUGAAAACGAUCUAAAAGUGUUUGUUCGAGAAAAAAAUGUUUGUACAAAUCGUACUGAAGGACUAUUUACAAGUGGUGUAUCUAUAACAUAUAAAUGUUCAGAGUAUAGAAAAUAUCCACAAUGUCCUUAUCAAUUGAAAGCCAAACAGUUAGAUGGGAAAUUUACACCUUUUGAAUCUGAAUUACAUGAUCAUAGUCAAAGACAAGAAAAUAAUCGUCUUAAAUCACCAAUUCGUACUGCUGUGCAAGAAAUGACACAUAAAGUACUUCGGUCACUACCGUCGUAUUUGACAGCACGUCAGGCAACACCGUCGUAUUCAACACUGAAUGAACAUGCACCAUGUCAGGAUGAAGUUGAACGGGAUAUUGUAAUUGAACAAGGACAACAAGUGGCGCACCAGCCUAAAUUUAACAAAAAAUUAAAUUGUCCCAUGGCACUUGGUCAAAAAUCAGAAUAA